GUGUUCUAUUUCAAGAUGUCCUGGACUGACAACAUCAUCUAUCGGGCUCCAGGACCCCGGCCUGUCUCUAAAUAUGUCUCCAACUCUGUGGAAUCACCCUCCCUCUUGGAAUCUCUCCCCCAGGAGCUCUCCAACCUGACUCACCUUCUAUAUUGGCCUCUGACCCCAGGAGAUAGGGGGGACUUUUUGUCCUCCACCAGCCCCAUGACCUCCACCUACCACCUGAGGGGUCCUGCUCAGGACACCUAUGCCCUGGGAGGCUACCUGGAGGUUGUCCUUGUGGCCAGGGACCACCAGGGCAGGCCUAAGACCCAUGGUGGGGAUCUGUUUCAGGCAAGAUUGCUGGGUCCAGAAUUGAGAGCAGGGGUCCCCGGGGAUGUCCAGGAUCUGGAGAAUGGCACAUACCUAUUGUCCUUCCCUCUGCUCUGGGCUGGGAAGGCCCAGGUGCAAGUGCGGCUGAUCCACUCCAGUGAGGCUGUUGGGGUUCUGCGCAGAAUCUGGAAAGAGAAGAGGGCCACCGUUAAUUUUAGAGGGUAUUUCCAGGGUAGUUCUGGUGCUAAAGAGACUGUGAUUUGCAAUGUUGACCCUCACUCAACUGGAGCCAAAGGGCAUACCUGCCAGUACAGGGAUGUGGUUUCUGGUGAGCUCUGGUCCUGUGCUCAACCCCCUACUCUGCCCUGCAACUCUUUGGUUGCUCACUCAGGCGGGAGUUACCUGAAGGUGACCACACCACGUGAUGACGCCCUGCUGGCAGGUUUGGGAUCCCAGGCUGUGCAUACCUUCUGUUGCCCAUCCAAUCCACCAGCUCACUUGCUGGGUCACUUCUUUCCUUUGGACAGUCUGAGAGUGCUUGUCAGGAUAAUUAGCUCAGCUUUCCGUGCUGAUGUUCCAGGUGGCAAAGCCUCAGCUCCUAAUACCUGUUGUUCUGUGACCACAGCACAUCCAGCUAUCUGCAGCUCCAUUUCCCAUGAAGCUACUCCCAUCCAUGAAGAAGUCCCAGUUCAGCUCUGUGAUGGGCUCAUCAGACAAGUCUAA